AUGACAGAUCAUGCGAAACAUUUACAGGUCCAAGUUUCGCUUAAUUCAAACGCCAAUCUUUCUCUGCUGCAUACUCUGAAAAUUUUUAUACCGUGGAGUUUAAGGAAUAAAAAAGAAGUCGAAACAUAUUUCAAUGACCAGAUGUUUCCCACAGAUUCUCACAAAAGAAAUGAAGAAAAUAAAGUUGGCAACACCGCAUAA